CUCCCUCACACCCUGUCAGUUGUCCAGUAUACAUGAACCCCCACAGUUCCUCCUGCAAAUUAAACCUGCUAAAGAGGCUGUAGAGAGUUUGCAGUUAAACUUUAUCAUCCAGACUGGACAAACGCCCUCAGAGCUGAACUCCAGAAUCAGGAGGAACCUUAAAAACACCAUGAAGAUGCUGCCGCCACUCCUGCUCCUCAUCGUUUUUCACAGUCACACAUGUCUGUCGGUGACAGUAAGCACCAGCACACCCAAAGUGGAGAUCCAUGAGCACACAGAUGCUGUGUUGCCCUGUGAGUUCAAGACUGAAAAAGACCAGAACCCUCGAAUUGAGUGGAAAAAGAAAGGAAAAGGAGUCACUUUUGUUUACUUUGAUAAGACAUUUCCCAAGUCAUAUGCGGGUCGGGCUAAAAUAGAGGGAGCAACAUUGACGAUACAUUCUGUCACCCAGAAAGACUCGGGAGAAUAUCGUUGUGAGGUGACUGCCACUGAAGACCAUGUUAACCUUGGAGAGGCCACUGUGAUCCUCAAUGUACUUGUGCCUCCUCAUGUCCCGUCGUGUGAGGUGCCAAGCUCUGUGUUUGUCGGCAGCAAUCUUGAAUUGUUCUGUAAGGACAAGCUCAGUGUGCCUCCUGCCACCUACCGCUGGUACAAAGACAACAAGGCUCUGACGGCCACAGGAGAUGCUCCAUACAGCGUGGACACUAAUAAGGGCACACUGAAGUUCAAGAGUGUUUCCAAAGAAGACACGGGGAUGUACCGCUGUGAGUCCUCCAAUAGUGCGGGGGCACCAAAGAGCUGUGUAGCCAAACAACUCACAGUUGUUGAAAAUCCAUGGAAUAUGACAAUGUUGAUAGCAAGUACAUCAGGGUUUGCGGUACUGAUCCUUUUUUGCUGCAUCUGCAUCUGUAUCUGCCGGCGCCGAGGCUGCUGCAAGAACAGCAGAAAGACAAAAACCACUAAGUCCUACAACCCUCCCCCGCCUCCUCCUCCUCCCACCAUCAACUUCAAGCACUACAAACAAACUCAGUCCUUCAUGAUCUGAUCCGUCAGCUGUCCAAAGCGUGGAGCAGGAACGUUUGCCAGCUCUGCAGCAGACAAAGAAAUCUUAAGUCAUCAGACUAAGGCAGAGAUAUAUUUCAUACCUUUCUGUUUAUGCAGUGACUGACUAAUCAGCUUCUUUUUCAAAGACUCUGGUCCAAAGACCAUAACUUUAGUUUUGUUUGCAUACAGAAGCAGAAAGUUAAGAGUCAUCUAGGUUUUUAUGUCCUCAAAACAUGCCUCUAGUCUAUGUGAUGGGUUAGCUUCAUCUGGAUUCAUAGACAGAUAUAGCUUAGUAUCAUCGGUAUAAAAGUGGAAAUUAAUCUCAAGCUUUUUUAAUAAUUCUACCAAUAGGGGGCAUAUAUAUAGUAAAGUGAAUUGGUCCUAGCACUGAUCCCUGUGGUACUCCACAGGUAACCCUGGACCACAAAGAAGAUUCAUAAAUAAUGUGAACAAACUGAUAUCUGUCAGAUAAAUAGGAUUCAAACAAGCCUAGUACUGUUCCUUUAAUUCUUACAAAAUAUUAAAUUCUUUCUAAAAGAAUAUUAUUAUUUGUCCCGUCAAGUUCCUGACAGUGCAAAGCCAAGUGUACAGUUUCAUUAUUUAUCUAAAUCUUGUUAGAUAUUUGUCUGUAUGCCCCUUUUAUGUUUUUAAAAUCUUGUUUUGGAAGCAGGUAAUGUGUUAAGCUCUUCAGCUUAAUGGUAAAUGAAAAUGUUAUUUUGCUAAAACUGUAUAUAAAUUACAUUACAAGUACUUAAGUUUGUUAUUUACAUGUAGAUGUUUAACAUUUAAUGUUUCUUGUCUUUUUUUAAUAUCUAAUGAAGCAGUUUGUUUAUCAAAUCCUAUUUUUCUUGUAAUUUUUUUAAUGAUUGGUUGAACAGGUGUCUGUACACACUGAACAGUAUUUUAAAUUUGUAAAAUCUAGUAUGGUUAUAUUUAGAAAAUUUAAGUUUAUACUCAAUAAAGAAUGCAGGAAGCCUGUCAGCAACA